AUGGGAAAUAACGCAUGCUGUGCUAACAGACAGCCACAACAGAAGGUUACGGUUGAGAAACCAACAAAUUCAGAAUCCCCCAGGUCCCUAAAGAAAACCAGAAAACCACAAAAACUCCCUGAAGACUUCACUACAUAUCUGUCUGAGGCUAAAUUUUCAGCGACAGUCAAGCCUAAGAGGAAGGUUUUAGUCACCCCAAAGUCUAAAACUCUGAAAACCUCGAAGUCUAAACAGAGUCUUCAUGGACGUAAGAGAGCAAAGAAAUCCAAAAAGUUCCAAACAAUGAGUUUCAUAUCAGGGAAACAAACUGAGAAAUCCAAUAAGAAUGCCAGUGGGAAAACUCUCUUAACUGACAAUAUUGCUGCUGAAAUACAAAAGAUGUAUGCUGAGAAACGAGCCCGUAGAGUGUCCUGUGUCCAAGGAAUUGAAUACAAACCUACAGCUUAUUGUGACACUCCAAUUACUAAAGCUGAAACUAUUGCAGAAUAUCGUGAGAGAAUAAGUGGUCUCAACUUCGACAACUUCUCCAAAUAUAAUAAAAGAAAAUCUGGUUUGAGAUUUACUUUUGCACGCAAAUAAAGAGCCGUAAUAAUAUUUUCAUUUCAACUUGCAAUAA